AUGAAGCUGUUUUUGAGUGAAGGGAACCCGCACUGCCUUAAGGCUUUAGCCGCUUUAGUAGUGACCCAGGCUAAAUGUGAGGUGGAGUAUGUCAACCUCGAAGGUAAAGUGGUGCCCUUUCUGAGCCGCCCGGCACUGCCAGCGCUGAUGUUACCCAGUGGACAGGUUCUGUUCACCUCCAAUGCCAUUUGCAGAUACAUGUUUGAAAUAAGUGGGCAAGAGAGCAGUGCAAUAUGCGAUCAAUGGCUUGAGUGGGAGGCUACAAAUCUGCAGCCUGCGCUUGUACAGGCUCUUCAUGCUGCGGUGCUGCAGGGAAGAGGAUCUGAGGUGCCAAAGAUCAUCCAGGGUCCCUUAAACUACUUGGACCAAAACUUGAGCAAAGGAAAGACAACGUAUUUGACUGGAGAGUCGGUAUCCGCUGCAGACAUUGCCUUGUGGGCUGCUUUGUUUCCACUCCUUUCUGAUUCAACAGUAACAACAGGUGAGCACAAGGCUGUGACACUAUGGUUCAACCACGUGAACGGUAUGAGCGCUUGCCAAUUGUCAGCUCAGAAAGUCCUCCAGGGGAAAGGGCUGCAGGGCAUGAAGAGCUACAUGCAAAAACAGCCUCAGAGCAGUCACAGCAGAGAGGUUCCGCCAAGCACCAGCAGCCCUGCCGAGGGAGAUGAUGGCGAGCGCAUGGUUUCUGAGGAGGAGAUGGAGGCGGCUGUUUUGAAUUACAACAAAGGGCUGAGCACCUUUCAGGAUUCAGAAAGAAAACAUCCAAUAUUGCCUCAGGAGGGACGAAGAAACAUCCUUUUGACCAGUGCUUUGCCUUAUGUCAACAAUGUGCCCCAUUUGGGCAAUAUCAUCGGUUGUGUCCUCAGCGCAGAUGUGUUUUCAAGGUAUGGCCGUUUGCGUGGCUGGAACCUGCUGUAUGUGUGUGGGACUGACGAGUAUGGGACAGCCACGGAGAACAAAGCCCGAGAGGAGGGCCUGACCCCUCAGCAGAUCUGUGACAAGUACCACGCUGUUCACGCAAACAUCUACAAGUGGUUUCAGAUAGACUUUGACUAUUUUGGAAGAACGACCACACCAAAACAGACAGAAAUUUCCCAGGAUAUAUUCUGGCGGCUCCACAAACUGGGUUUCUUGGUGGAGGACACGGUGGAGCAGCUCAGGUGUGAAAACUGUAAUCGCUUCUUGGCCGAUCGCUUUGUGGAAGGCAUCUGUCCUUUCUGCAAUUACUCUGAGGCCCGAGGUGACCAGUGUGAUAAGUGUGGCAAACUGAUCAAUGCUGUGGAGCUCAAGGAACCACAAUGUAAGGUCUGCAAGCAGACACCAGUCAUUCGUACCUCAAAACAUCUUUUCCUGAACCUGCCAAAGUUGGAGACCCAGCUGGAACAGUGGCUGGAUAAGUCGACCAGUACAGGAGACUGGACAACAAAUGCAAAGCAGAUAACUCGAUCCUGGUUGAGGGAUGGACUGAAACCUCGCUGCAUCACCAGGGACUUACAAUGGGGGACACCAGUGCCACACCCUGACUUUAAAGAAAAGGUGUUCUAUGUGUGGUUUGAUGCACCUAUUGGAUAUCUGUCCAUCACUGCGAAUUACACUGACCAAUGGGAAAAAUGGUGGAAAAAUCCACAGCAGGUGGAGUUGUACAACUUCAUGGCCAAAGACAAUGUUCCAUUCCACAGCGUGGUCUUCCCCUGCUCUUUACUGGGAGCACAAGACAACUACACUCUGGUCAAUCACCUUGUAGCCACAGAGUAUUUGAACUAUGAGGACACCAAGUUCUCCAAAAGUCGUGGUGUUGGUGUGUUUGGUGACAUGGCCAAAGACACUGGAAUCCCAUCAGACGUGUGGCGCUUUUACCUGCUGUAUGUGCGUCCAGAGGGGCAGGACUCGGCCUUCUCUUGGGCAGAUAUGGCUUUGAAGAACAACUCUGAGCUGCUCAACAAUCUGGGCAACUUCAUCAAUAGAGCUGGCAUGUUUGUCACAAAGUUCUUUGAGGGCUGUGUGCCUGUGAUGGACCUUCAACAGGAAGAUAAGAGACUUCUGGCUCUGGUGGGCUGGGAGCUGCAGCAGUACAUUCAGCUCAUGGACAAAGUCAAACUUCGGGAUGCUCUCAAACACAUUUUGAAUAUAUCUCGGCAUGGGAACCAGUACAUACAAGUGAACGAACCCUGGAAGAAGAUCAAAGGCGGAGACUCGGAAAGGCAACGUGCUGGCACAGUUACGGGAGUGUCUGUCAACGUCUCCUGCUUGCUGUCAGUGAUGCUUCUGCCAUACAUGCCGACUGUCAGCCAGACCAUUCGGGACCAGUUCAACGCCCCUCCGUCCUGCAUCAAGACCAUGUUGCAAGGCUCUGGCACCUUUGUGUGCAGCCUGAGCGCGGGCCACCGCAUCGGCACAGUCAGUCCAUUGUUCCAGAAACUGGAGGCUGAGCAUAUUGAAACUCUAAAAAAGAAAUUUGGUGGACAGCAGUCCCAAACCGCAGCUCCAAGUACACCCAGUACUCAGCCUGCCGCUCCUGCCGCCGAGGCGACUGCGGCUGGCGGAGUGGACCCAGAAAGAGCAAAGCUGCUCACGCAGGCGGUGGCUGAACAGGGGGAGAAGGUGCGAGCAUUAAAAACCCAAAAAGCGGAUAAGGCUGUGAUCACGGCAGAGGUUUCUAAAUUAUUGGACCUGAAGAAGCAGCUGGCAGCGGCUGAAGGAAAGAGCUCUGAACCAGCACAACAGAAGAAGAAGAAAUGA